AUGACCGAAAAUGAAAUUGUUCGCACAUUUAUCAAAGCUCAUGACCCACCCUACUUUGAAGAGAUUUUUCGUAUGACUGGUUGUUCCUUUGCUGAGAUUGUCAACAAAUUGGAAGAGUAUGACGAGUUUAUGAGAGCAGGCAAGAUUGUUAAUGUUUCAGCUUUAAAGUCGCAGUUGGAAGCUAUGCAAAGCCAAAACAGCAGCGGUAAAAAGUCUCAGUUUAAGAAGAAAGACGAGGAAGCUUCCUUUGUUUGGAACCAAGGUUCUUCUUCCCGGCCUACAUACCAACAAAAUUCCGCCUACUCACCCCGUUACCUAUACCAACCAUGCCCUCGACCUGUUUACAAUACCACAAUUAGCCACCCCCGUCCUCGACUAAAUUAUCCAAACACACCGUCAACGCCAUUUCACAUUUUCCCACCAAACUUCCAAAUUAGACCGCGCCCUCCUUUCAACCCAAGACCUAUUCCACCCUUCAAUCCAAAUUACCACUAUCAACAAACCAGUGACACCCAAAAUCCAACCCCAUACCGAACAUUUACCAAUCUAGGUCGGCCUGUUGACCAGUUAUAUGAGCAAUUGAAAGCUGCUGGGAAGAUUAGUACGGUACCCCCUAAGACCUAUUCCAAAGAAUUUUCCAUUGGUUAUGAUCCUCAGUCAUUUUGUGCUUAUCAUUCGGGAGCCCCUGGACAUUCAACGGCCAAUUGCUGGGCGCUUAAGCAUAAAAUCCAAGAUAUGAUCGAGGCCGGAGACAUAGUUCUGAGAAUGAGGGAUGAACAAAGGCCAAGUGUUAGCAACAAUCCUCUUCCCGCACACAAAGAUACCGUAGGAGCUGUUAACACAGAGGAAGAGAGUGAGGAACCUACACAGUACAUUGUAGACAAAGCUGAGAUAAUAGGGGUCAUCGGAGAACCGUUCAUACUGGAGGAAGAAGCCUAUGAAGCCAAGGAAAAUACUGACCCAUUUAUUCUGGAAAUGAUACCUUUCGAAUGUGAGCCUUCGGAGCUCGUGGUACUUGAAUUGCCUGAGCAAGUUCCUGUUCUUAAUUUGCAAGAGAUCUCAUGGAAUUAUAGCGAGCCUACAUUGCUAAUUGGAGGAGAGGAAGUGUCCAAGAAGGAGGUGGAUGCUAUUACUAGAUCUGGAAGAAUUAUAGGGGAACCCGCAGUUGAUGAAUCUUCAAAAGCAAAAGAAAGUGCUAUGCCAACAAAACCAGUUGUGACAGACGAAGAGGCCUUUAAUUUCCUUAAGAUGUUGAAGAAGAGCGAAUACAAAGUGAUUGAGCAAUUGGACAAAAUGCCUGCUCAAAUUUCUAUGUUAAACCUACUGUUGACUUCUGAACUUCAUAGAACAGCUUUACUCAAAGUGUUAAAUGAGGCUCAAGUUCCUAAAAACAUUCCAAUUGACAAAUUCACCAAUGUAGUUGAACAUGUUUUGGCUCCCAAUCGGAUUUCUUUUCCUGAUGAAGAUCUAACUGCCGAAGGGAUUGGACACAACAAAGCCUUGUAUAUCUCAGUCCGCUGUAACGGGAAACUUUUGUCAAAAGUUCUGAUAGACAAUGGAUCCACCCUCAAUAUCUGUCCCUGGAAUACCUUGAUUAAGUUAGGGUUUCAAGAGGCUAAAUUGCGGCCGUCUACCACCGUAGUGAGAGGAUUUGAUGGCGCGAGAAGGGAAUCAAUGGGGGAGGUGGAUUUAGUGCUGGAGAUCGGACCUGCCCAAUUUCAAGUCAUGUGCCAAGUCAUGGAUUUUUCAAGUGUUUACAACGUUCUUCUUGGACGGCCUUGGAUUCACACUUCGGACACUAUACCAUCUUCGCUCCAUCAAAUGUUGAGAUUUGUCGCGAAUGGCCAAUUGAUUACAGUUUUUGCAGAAGAUGAUUGUACAAUGAUUGUUAAUUCUGGAACAAAUGGGGAAAAUAGUAUAGAAUCUCUGGUUUCUCCUCACCAUGUGGCUGACAUUGUCUCUGUGGGAUGA